CGCGGGCGUGAUGGAAGGAGGUUAACGUCAUCACUGCUGAUCGGAGUGAUGGCGGCGCCGAGAGGCUGGGAACAAGUGUGAGGGAACACAAAGAGCGAGAACCGGGGCCCGAAAGCCAGAAAACCCAGAGAGAAGGAUCGAGAACCAUCAGUACCCGAGAGUUUGACAUCCCGGGGAAGGAGGGGCGUGGAGGUGCGGAGAAAAUGGAACUGACCGACCCCCAGUGAACGGAAUCGCAGCUGUUCAUGGAGCCUGCUCCGGGGCCGGAAGGGGCCAAGAGCUCAGGGGUAGAGUUAGAGCCCCCGUCGCCCGGGAACACAGGAUUUGAGACGGAGUGCGAGAGGCUGCGGGUGGUCUUCGAUAUGUUUGACUUGGACGGGGAAGGGUUGAUCCGUCUGGAAGAUUUUUGUCAGAUCGCCAGUAGCUACGGCGCGGAGCAGGUAAAGGAAUUGACAAAAUAUUUAGAUCCUGCUGGUCUUGGGGUCAUUGCGUUUGAUGAUUUCUGUCGAGGAAUUGCUGCUAUUAAGAAUGGAGAUUCUGAUAGCCAGAACUAUGAUGCUGGACUUGGGAAUGAGGAUAAUGUGUUACCCUGUACUGAGGAGUUUGAGGAUUUCAUCUGUUUUGAGUUUCAGACUAACGAGGUGACGGAUAGUGCUUACAUGGGCUCUGAGAGCACCUACAGUGAGUGUGAGACAUUCACAGAUGAGGACACUGGCACACUCGUUCACCAUGGUGCACAUGAUGAGUUGGAGACAGACAGCGCUAUUGAUGCCACACUGAACUCAGAAUUCACAGAUACACUUGAAGAGCCAGAAAAUAGUGUUGUUUUUAAUGGGGAAAUAAAGACCCACCAACAUCAUUUCUCAAUGAGCUCCAACAUUUCCCAUCUUAACACUGAAGAGCACUUUGAAGAUUAUGGAGAGAACAAUGACAUUGACUUUGACUUUGCUACCAGUAGUCUGUGUCAGGAUGGAGGCAAUAAUAUCAAUGGUCACUUCAAUCGUUCAUCACUACUCUCUCCCAGUGAUCAUUUCACUUCAACUUUACAAAGUGUUAUUGGGGAAGAGAUGCUGGAGUUUUACUGCACCCAGUGUCAUAAGCAAAUCAAUCGCCUGGAAGAUCUGUCCACCCGUAUCAACACUCUUGAAAUGAAUAGCCCCAUUAUGAGACUCAGCAGCAAGAAGGUGGCUCGGCACCUCCAGCAGAACAGUGCAGACAGCAUUGACAGAAUGGAGAAUCUAUCCACGAAAACCCUGGGCUUUGUCCCGUUGGAUCUCACUGAUCAGGUUAUUUUCCUGGAGAAGCGAGUCACUGAGCUGGAGAAAGACAAUAUGACCAGUGGAGAAAUGCACAACCGCCUAAGACAGGAGAACCUGCAGCUGGUACACAGGGCAAACGCAUUGGAGGAACAGCUUAAGGAGCAGGAGACCAAAUCUGAGCAGAUGUUACUGGAGGAACUUAAGAAACAGAAAGAAAGUCUGAGCAAAGUGGAACGAGAACAGGUCAUUGAAAUUGAAAGUCUGCAUACCAGGUUACACCAGCUGGAUGAGGAGAAUGGGGAAUUACGAGCAUGCAUUCCCUGCCUUCGGGCUAAUGCUGAGAGACUGGAAGAGGAGAAGCAGAAGCUGUUAGAUGAAGUAGAUGAACUCUCUCUCAAACUGAAGGAAGAGCAACAGAACAACCAGAAACUGUCAGAUAAACUCUUACACAAGCAAUACCAGUUUCAGAAAGAAAAGGAAGCCACUCAAGAGCUUAUAGAAGAUCUGCGGAAGCAAUUGGAACACCUACAACUCUUCAAGCUAGAAACAGAAAAAUCACGUGGACGUUCAAGCAGUAUCGGGCUACAGGAAUACAAUUGCCGUAAUAGAGAGACUGAACUAGAGCAAGAGAUUAAACGGCUUAAACAGGAUAACGAAAAUCUGAAGGAGCAAAAUGAUGAUCUGAAUGGACAGAUUAUUAACCUGAGUAUCCAGGGAGCGAAGAGUCUUUUCACCGCCUCUAUCACAGAAUCACUGGCUGCAGAAAUCAGCUCUGUUUCUAGGGAUGAGCUUAUGGAUGCAAUUCAGAAACAAGAGGAGAUCAACUACAGGCUACAGGAUUACAUUGACCGAAUUGUUGUGGCAAUCAUGGAGACCAACCCUGCAAUUCUUGAGAUCAAACAUACUGAGGCACAGUCCUAGCCCCUCUCAGGACCAGUAUACAAACAGUAGCUCUUCUCUUCUGUUUGAGUGUAAAUUGUGAGGCAAUUUCCUCACAGCAAUCUUUGACCAACCUUUGAAUCAUGGACCUGUGCAACUCCUGCACAACUUCAAUUCUGUCAUCACGCCAAGGUACGAAAGGCAUUUGUAAUUUCCUACAGGUUUUUGUUCCCCUUCCGUGGGUAGGUUUGAUUGCAGGUUACAGCAUGGAUGGCUGCAGUGUCAGUUUGGACUGCCCAAGUUUGUUUUCUUUUCCUGUAAUGCAAAAUGCAGUGAAGUAAGGUAAUGGAUUAUUAAUGGUAGGGAGGACCAGCACUAUAUUGGAUGGAGCAGAUUGUCAGGUGACUGUUCACAGGAUCUGCUGUAAUACUGGCUGAUGUAUCCAGUGGCACCUGCUGCAUUUCUCAAUCCUGGCCCUUUUUUUUCCUGUUUUGACUCAUUUCACAAUGAAAAGUUCACACUUGCCAUGAACCUGAUAGUUGCCCUGCCAGGUUCAUCUUGCACAGCACAGCUGUCUUGUUGAAUGAAGCCACAUAUCACUACUUGUCUGGUUCAAAGUUAAAUUGCAGGGGUUUUAAUGCCCAGUCCUUAUUUCAACCUGGCUCUUUUUUUGUUUUUAAAGCUACAAUUUCAACUUGUGCCUCUGUUAGACUGGUUCUGAUGAGCUUGAGUUGAACAAGAUGUGAUGCAGCUUUGAUCUGAAACUGCUGUGAAAUCAUUAAUAAACUUCAGGUAAUGGGGCAGGUCUGACAGUGAAAGUACUUCAGUAGCUGCACUUUGGUCUGACUGUUCAGUUAUGUCUUCUAUAAUCCCACCACUCCACCUCAAUACAUGAAACAGAUGUUUGCGUGUAAAUGAACAUAACACACUGUCACUCAUUGGAACACUCCUGUAACACUGCUUUGUAUCAAAUAACUUUAUGAUAACACUAUACUGUAACUUACUUAAGUUGUUUGCACACUUAGCUUUGUUCUUUGUCUUGAUGUUUUGUUGCGAUAAUACUGACUCUUUAACAUUGCUAUAUGGUGAUUCUCACAUUGUUCUUUUUUUGGGUUCUUGUUCAUGACCUGUUGGCAAAGAGGUUAAUUAGGCCAUUGAUUGUCAGCUGUUUUAACACUAUCUCAUGCAUGUGAUCUGUGCAAACAAGUGUCCAGUAACAUUACAAAGUUUAUCCAAAAUAUUGGUAUUUUUGGUCCCUUUCCUCGAUUUUUUUGUUUCAAAAGUGCACACCAGCUAAAUUUUUAAAUGACUCCUUUUUGGGCACUCAAGACUUGCUGCAUGCUUUCAAAAGUUUUGAGCCCAUUGUCCUUAUCUGCAUGCAGAGGUAUGGUUGGAGAGCUAGACUUUGAGCUGUCACUGCUCGAAAAAUUUAGAGUAGGUCCUACCUUGAUCCAUUGCUGUGCAGUUCCAGUUCUUGCUCUUUCCACUAGAUUCGACCCUACCCUACCCUUCUGGUGUCAAUGUGAAGCAGCAUUUGGACAGCCUUGCUGUAUUAAUUUUGAUUUUUCCGUAGGAUUGCCCAGGUGUUUCAGAACACUGCUUUUGCAUUCAUAUACUCCCAGUCCUUGCAAUUGUGCAGCAUUCUUUGUUAAGCAUUUCUAUCCGUAGUUAUGAUUUGAAUUGAAUUUGGUGAACAAGGAUGUUUCCUUUGAAUUCAUACUCCAUCUCAAUGCUGUAAAUCAGAAAAAGCCCCGAGCAUGCAUUGCAUCAUUUGUACAAGGGAGAUCAGGUUGUGGCCUUUUUUUAAAAAUUUUGGACAGCUGCAGCUGAUGGUGGUGCCGAGAGCCUGUCUUCAGUCUGUUCUGUUUUAAGCUCUGUUGAAGUUUUCAUUUUCCGUUCAGAGUGCAUGUGAGAGCUUCAGCUCAAGGAGAGCUCUCCUGGUGCCUCUCGUGCCUUCUGCAUGAGUUCCAUUGAUACAAGAUGCUGCUGUGUGCUUGUAAACUUUGCAUGGUUUCUGGUGUAAAUCGAUUGUAUAUUUUGAAUUUUCUAUCCUUAAACAGUAGAAAGUUAUUUUUUAUAGAAUGAAGGCAGAUUUAUACUGGAGUUGGAUAACUAAUGGAUUCAUUAGAAUCACUUGACAGCUCAAUUUUGUAAAGUCAAUAGGUUGUGUUUGUAUAUAGUUGGAAACUGAGAGAGCAGGUUGGAUGUUGAUUUCUUUAUGGUCAAUGCAUUCAUUAACUUGCAUCCAACUAGCCAUAAAGAAGAUGAUACUGUCGAUGAUUGUAUAAAUGAAAUGUCUUAAAAUAUUUUGUCUUAUCAAUGUAGUAACUUAGCAAUUGGAGAAAAUUGAUGCAAGUUGAGUGACAUAGCUCAUCUUAAACUGUUUUUAAACAAAGUUCUGAUCCUGGCUUGUGUACUGCUUCAUCACCAGAGCUAAUCCUGAGCACCAAUACUUGCUGUUUAUACAGAAACUGUCUAUCAACCAGGGAAUAAAUGUUGCAUUGAUCAUCAUAGUAAUCAGUGACUGUACAGAAAUAUGGGUUUGUAAUCCUGUAUAGACUGGCUUUUCUUGGUGCUGAGGUAUGGAAUGAAUGGUGAUGUAUUGGUUACCGUAAGCAUCCAGGCAGAUGUACCAAAUAAAAUAUCUAAAACAA